CUCGUCGUCCCUCUGAAUCCCCCCAACAGCAGCACCCUACUCAACUGCUCUGCCGCAUUCCAUUACCAGCCAUGGCCAACCGCGAGGAGCCCCCGUAUGACCCUUACAUUCCCAGCGGCGGCGCCGCCGGCCAGCAGGGCGGCCAGAACGGCAACCACCGCACUGCGGCACUUCAAGCUGAAAUCGACAGCACCGUUGGCAUCAUGCGAGACAACAUCAACAAGGUGUCUGAGCGUGGAGCUCGUCUAGACUCGCUGCAGGACAAGACGGACAACCUUGCCGUGUCUGCCCAAGGCUUCCGAAGGGGCGCCAACCGCGUGCGCAAGCAGAUGUGGUGGAAGGACAUGAAGAUGCGCAUAUGCCUCGUGGUGGGCAUCAUCAUCCUGCUCGUUGUCAUUAUUGUCCCUUCCGUCAUUGCCACGAAGAAAUAAACAAAAAAAAUCACUCCCUUACACGAGAUACCACGAACUAUACACAUUAAUAAUGGCGCGGAUGAGGGAGAUGACGGAGCCACUGGAGAGGGAGGCGAGUGGCUACGAGUUGCACCAUGACCAACGACAUUAGUCUCUGUAAGAUCUGUCUUCACACGGCGAAUAGGGAGCGAUGGGAUGGGACGUCUUGUCUUUGUUUGCACUUGCACGGUCGUGCCGGACGCCUGGAAAGCACUCUUUUGCACGGAACGAACUGCUUCUGUUACGAUGCCUGAUGGGCGCAAUUCCGCGCAUGAUCGCCUGCUGCGCAAAUGGAGUUUUUCUUUUAUUCUGGAUAGCUGUCUUCUUGUCCAUAGCCCAAUUGCUCAUUGACCUGGAUUCCCCG